CCGGGGGGGCCGCGACCCGCGCCGCGCAAACAUCCCGAGUGGCACUCGGCAGCGCCGCCCUUCGGGGCCCCUAUAAAUGGGGGUCCCUAUAAAUGGGGGUCCCUACAAGUGGGGGCCGCCGUCCCCACCCCACAGCGGUGCCGGCUGGCGGACGGGAUGGAGCGCAGCACCAAAGAGCCGCUGGUGGAGGAGCCCCCCCCGCGUUACAGCGAGGCCGCCCCCCGACCCCCCCCCGUGAAAACCGUCGUGGCGGCGGCGGUGCUGGCGGUGCUGGCGGUGCUGCUGGUGGUGACGUUCCUUUUGCUGGGGCUGCACCUCGCCCAGGCGCACGCGGAGACGGUGCUGCGGAUGACGAUUCCUCGGGAUGGGGAGGGCCCCCCCCAGCGCCUCUCCAUGAGCCCGCGGGAGCGCACGGCGACGUUCGCGGUGAAGGAGGGACUCAACGCGACCGCGGUGGUGGUGUUUGACUACGGCAAGCUGCUGGUCAGCUACAGGUCCUGGCAGCGCCGCGCGUGCUUCGUCACCCGCGUGGAUGGGGACGGCGUUCCGGGGCUGGAUGCCAUCAGUCAGCACUUCCAGCGCCGGGAGACGGUUGCAGCUCAGCCCAUCGCUGACCGCUCCAUUUUGGGCACCACCAUCAACAUCCUCUGCAGCACCGUCCCCAUAUUCUGGGCCUGAUGGGAAAAUCCCUGCAGCCCCACAUCCCCGCGGUGCCACCCCUGUCCCCAUCCCCACACGGGACACAGGCAGCGCUGGGGUUGAGAUGUGCAAAAUAAAGGCUGUGUCUGAGCGCCA